GUGAAUAAAGUGAAUAUUUUGCUCACAGCGCAACGCAAUUUCAGUUUAUCAGCAGAUUUCGUUUUUGUUCAUUUUGCCGCAGUUAAACAGCUCCUCAGUUGUCUCUUGUCUGUGGAAGGCAAAACGGAAAAAAUGUCCGCUCUGCGGAAUUUUACGUUUUCAAUCCUUUUCUAUGUUUUGUUGUUAUUGCAAGGCCUAUUAUCGACACCUGCCAAUAUUCCUUUAUCAAGUAUUUCUGAUCAACUUGUUGAAAGUGCUUUGAUUUCUUUAAAUGUGAAUUCUCCGAAUCACCGUGUUUACAAAAAAGCUGAGCUCAUCAGUGCUCAAAAGACAUUCGAGCCGCCCUUCGUAAUCUAUCAACUUGUCCUGAAACUUGAUCCAGUUUGUAAAGAAGAGACAUGUAUGCCCGAAACAUGCAGCAUCGAAAUCAAGCAAGACGACCAAGGAUCCACUGUCAUCAAUUAUUCCUCAAUUCUCUGUUUGAAUCUCGAUCCCUAUGUGCCUCCUCCGGUAUUCUCGCCGAAUGUCGAGACUCAACCCACAGAUCAGGAGGUGAUGGAGUCCCUGGAGAAGCAAAUGAAGGAUAAUUUGAGUUUCGAUCACGAAGUUCAGACAUCCGCUGAUCACAACGAUCGUCCUUUCAUUGCAGUUCCCGCCUCAAAGUCGCACUACUGUCCCGGAUGUCCCUACAAUCUCAAUCCAAAUCUUCCAGGUCUCGCAGCUUUCGGAGAGCAAAUUGUCAAUUCGAUGGACGAAUCAUUAGCCGGUGAUUAUAAGCACAAAGUCGUUCAAGUCCUGAGAGUCUCGCGAUCCGUUCCCCCAAACGCCAAUGUUGUCCGAUACGAACUUCUUCUCGAAAUAGGAGAAACAAACUGUUUGAAAACAAGUCACGUGGAACGAUCACAGUGUGUGUUGCAUGCAAAUAUUCCUGUCAGAACGUGUCAAGUGACUCUCGAGGAGAAACCUUGGCAGAAGAAUAGUCUCAGAAUUACGAAGAACAAUUGUACCGGCACGACCCUUGAGAACGAGUUGAAUGUGAGUCUUGGUCCAAAUUCAGCGGUCGAACUUUUCGAAUCGCCAAAUAAAGAAGUAGAAGAGGAAGUGAAAACCGAAUUUUAUGAUCAAGUGGCACAGGAAGGGAAGUAUAGUACUUAUGAAACAAUGAUUGAUCAGUACUUUGAAUCACCUGGAUUGAAUCUGACGAUAGAACGAGAUGAUGGAACUGUUCAAACUGUUGUCGUGGAGGAGCCCUCGAAAAAGGUUGCGAUAAAAAAAGAUUGCAAUAUGCCCGAAAAGUCGAAAGGUUUUGUUGACAAAGUCAAAGAAUUCGAUGCCUUUUUAGAAGGUUUUGAUGUACCCCUAAAGGAACCGAGUUCAACGCCAAAGGAUGAUCGGAUUCCUGUCGAGGAGGAAAUUAUCAAACCCAUAAGAAUCGAGAAUCCCGAAUCAAUUCGAGUUCGACGCGAUACAAAAGAGGAUUUAGUGAACGUUCGCGAUGAACUAUUGGAGAAGAAGCUAGCGAGGAAAGUCGUCACCCUUCUCGACGAUGAGGAUUCAGAUUCGAUGAAGGACGUUGUCAUGAAGGUUUUAGACGCUAAAAAAGAAAAGCGAAAUGGGGGUAAUUUUUAUCUGAAGCUAAAAGUCGCGACGACGACAUGUAACGAGGCAGAACUGGACUUUUUUGAUGAACGAUCCUGCCUCAAGGAUAUUGUCUAUCCGAUCAAGGUUUGUAAAGUUCAGUUCUCGACCGAUGAGAAGAAUCCGUUAAAGGACCUGAAGAUUAUUCAAUCGGAGUGCUUAGAGUCCGAAGCUAAAAGUAGACGGCGCAGGGAAAGAGUCGGUUCUGCGAAACCUUUAGACGUCAAUGAUUCGGAUCUUCAAGGUUUCGUUAACAUGGCUUUAGACAAUUACUCCCAGAAUCUAAAGAAAACGUACGAACCAGUAGUCGUGAAAGUGAUCAGUGCCAGUGUUCAAGUCGUCUCGGGGCAACUCUACACAAUUAGGGCCCAACUCGGCGAGAGUAAUUGCGCGAAAGGAACAAAGGGGAACUGUCUCUUUAAAACAGAUGGCGAAUCAGAGGAAUGCGUUUUUAAAAUUUGGUCCCAACCCUGGACAAAGAAGGCUCCGGAAAUAACCUACAAAUGUGGUCCCGAGAGAAGGAAGCGACUAGUCAAGAGGGAAGUACCUCAAAAUAUGCCCGGAUCUGAGAGACCAAAAAAUGUGAAUGAUCCGGAAAUUAAAAAAUACGCGGACUUUGGUUUGCAGAAGUAUUCGCAGAAUUUACAGAAAUCGUAUGAGCCGCUGGUUGCCGAGGUGAUAAGCGCCAGUGCUCAGACUGUUGCGGGAACGAUCUACAAAAUAAAAGUGAAAUUCGCCGAAAGUAAUUGUGCGAAGGGGACAAAGGAGAAUUGCCUCUUGAAGACGGACGGCGAAUCUGAAGAGUGUCUUUUGGAAAUUUGGUCCAAGCCUUGGGAGGAUAAAGGCAAACCGCAAGUCGAUGUGAAGUGCGGUCCCGAUAGGAAGAAAAGGUCCCUACGCGGUCAGAACUAUAGUCAAAAAAUGCUCGAUAUGUUCAAAGAAGCUAGAGAGGAAAGUACAAAACUGAACUCCGAUCAAUCGUUCCAAAAGGUCGAGGAAGCAACUGAUGAAUUCCAGGGUGAAGGACAAGGACGACUCAAAGGUCAAGGCUAUCAACAGAAAAUGAUGAAACAGUCCGAAGAACUUAGAAAAGAACAAGAAACAUUCGAGUUGGAGUCGACGAUGUUUCAGGAUUUCGUUCAGAGCUUCCAAAAGGUUUACACGAACAAUUCGGAAAAACAAAAGCGGUUCAAAAUCUUUCAGCAGAAUUUAAAAACAAUCGAUGAAUUAAGAAGACUGGAGCAAGGCACAGGAGAGUACGGAGUGACAAUGUUCGCCGACUUGAGCCACGAGGAAUUCCGUUCCACAUAUUUAGGCCUCCGACCAGAUCUGCAUAAUGAAAACGAAAUUCCGUUUCCAAUGGCGAAAAUACCGGAUGUCGAGCUGCCGAGUGAAUUCGAUUGGACGACAAAGGGAGCGGUGAGUGAAGUGAAGGAUCAAGGAUCUUGUGGAUCGUGUUGGGCCUUUGCGGUAACAGGGAACAUUGAGGGACAGUACGCAAUAAAACAUGGAAAAUUAGUGUCCCUCUCGGAACAGGAAUUGUUGGACUGCGAUAAAUUGGAUGAAGGCUGUAACGGUGGAUUGCCUGAUUCGGCGUACAGAGCAAUUGAAUCGCUGGGAGGUUUGGAGCUUGAGAGUGAUUAUCCCUAUGAUGCGGAGGUGGAGACUUGUCAGUUUAAGAAAUCCAAGGCCAAGGUUCAAGUAGCCUCCGCGGUGAAUAUUACUUCUAAUGAGACACAAAUGGCGCAGUGGCUCAUUGAAAAUGGACCAAUUGCAAUUGGAAUAAAUGCCAACGCGAUGCAAUUCUACAUGGGCGGAAUCUCACAUCCUCCGAAAUUCUUGUGUAAUCCGAAAAAUUUAGAUCAUGGAGUUCUCAUUGUUGGCUAUGGUGUUCACACAUAUCCAAUUUUCAAAAAGACACUCCCUUAUUGGAAAAUAAAGAACAGUUGGGGACCACGAUGGGGUGAAAAAGGAUAUUACCGAGUUUAUCGUGGAGGAAGUACCUGUGGAUUAAAUCAAAUGGCUUCUAGCUCAGUAGUCAUGUAAUUAAGAAUCUCCAAAAACGUCUUUAUUUACUUGUAAACGAGAAAAUCAAAAUUAAGUCACACUUUUAUCAUUUUUAAUUUUUAACAAUAACAAUAUAUAUGUGACUUAUUGAAGAUUUUUUUCUCCUACUCAUAAAAUACUUACAAGAAUUUCUUUAUCAGUUAUAGAAAGAAAUUUUGGCUCUAUAAUGACAAAUAAUCGACAAUUUUCAUUAAAAAUGAAAAAGAAAUUUGUAGUGAUAUAAAGCUCUCUAAUUUUAUUCAAAAAUUGUUAAUCUUAAUAUAAUAUAUUCUAAAAAAAAUUCGACUAUUGUAGGAUAUUUAGAUUUCAUAACAAAAACGACAUAAAAUGUCAAUUUUCAUUUUUCUAUUUCUCAAGUCGAAAAAAUAAUCCUAGUUUUCUUGAUAGAAAGACUGAUUUUACAAAAAAAAAGUCUUUCUUUAAAAAUUUCCCUCUUUGAUUUUUUUAAUUUUGCACUUUUUUUGCAUCAACUUUUUUUACGACACAAAAAAGAUGAAAGAAAUCUAAGAGGGAAAUAUAUAAGAACAAAAAUUUAAUAAAAGUUACAAGAUAUUAAUUUUUAUAUGUUAAAAAUUUGAUACUAAUAAAUGUUCAGGAAAAUGAAAGAACAAAAAAAUAUUCAGGUGUUUUGUUAUUUUUAUUGAAGGCGAAAUUAUGCGAAAUAUAUAGAUAUUUAUUUUUUGUUGAGUAUUUUUUAUCUGUAAUUCAUUUGCAUUUGUAAAACGUCAAUUUGUAAUAAAUCUUGCAAGAUUUAAA